GAGGCGGCCGGGCCGGUGUUCUGGCCGCCCUUUGGAGCCUUGUGUGCUCCCAUCCCGGCCGCCAUUGUUUCUUCCUCCUCACGAGCGUCCUUCCCGGGCAGCGCUGCGGCUCCCCGGAAGGGUCGGUGGCCGGCUUUUGGGGAGCGAUGACAGCGGUGCGGAGAGAGGCGUUCGGGCGGAUGCCCGCGGAGCAGGGAGGAGGAGAGGUGGAGAAGUUCGUCUUACAGUCGGACAGCGUGAAAGUGGAGAUCCUGUCCUUAGGGUGCAUCAUCGCUGCCCUGGAGACUAAAGACAGGGAUGGGAAGUUUUCAGAUGUUGUCCUGGGAUUUGACACUUUGGAAGGUUACACAAGGAAGCACCCCUUCUUCGGUGCUGUCGUGGGGCGUGUUGCCAACAGGAUUGCGAAGGGGAGGUUCACUUUGGACGGGAAGGAGUAUCAGCUGUUCCUCAACAAUGGGCCCAACAGCCUCCACGGAGGAGCCAAGGGAUUUGACAAGGUUCUCUGGAGCCCCGAGGUACUCCCAGAUGGUGUCCGCUUCUUCCGGCUCAGCCCCGAUGGUGAGGAAGGGUACCCUGGAGACCUGAAAGUCUGGGUGACCUACACCCUUAGUGGCAGGCAGCUAGCCAUCAACUAUCGAGCCCAGACCAGCAAGACGACACCCAUCAGCCUGACAAACCACGCAUACUUCAACCUCGCAGGGCAGGGCUCCCCGGAUGUCUAUGACCAUGAGAUCUCCAUUGAAGCAGAUUCCUACCUGCCUGUGGACGACACCAAGAUCCCUACCGGGGAGGUGGCCGCCGUGCAGGGCACCGGAUUUGAUCUCCGGCAGCCUGUGGAGCUGGGAAAGCACUUGCAGAAGUUUCACCUGGAUGGCUUUGACCACAACUUUUGCCUGCAGCAGGUGCAGUCUCCACGCCUUGUAGCCAGGGCUCGCCACCCACCCACCGGCAGGACCAUGGAGGUUCACACCACCCAGCCUGGCAUCCAGUUUUACACCGGGAACAACCUUGAUGGCUCCCUGAAGGGCAAAGGUGGCAUCACAUACCCCAAGCACUCAGCUUUCUGCUUGGAAACCCAGAACUGGCCCGACGCCGUCAACAAGCCCCACUUCCCCAACGUCCUACUCCAUCCGGGUGAGGAAUACAACUCCACCACAUGGCUCGUGUUCAACAGUGCUUGAGGAGAAGGGCUGCUGACUCCUACCAGUGAGAGGGGACUUGCACUUCUUUGCGGGCUUCCUGAUGGUGAGCGGCUGAAAGGAAAAGAAUCCACAAUUAACAUUUCAGCAGUCCUUUGGGAUUCAUGAAGACAGGAAAAAGCAACAGACACCUAGACUCUGGCACCCUUUAAGCACUGUUUUUUAAUAAAAGAACCAAUCAGUAUGGAAAAUGGUAACAGGUUGAUGAUUUAGACAUAAUACUUUUUUUUUCUUUCAAAUUUUUGCAUUUCUUUCCUGUUAUUUUUAUAAUACAAUUUACAAGUGAUUACUGUCAGGCUAUCUAAUUACUAAUAGUGACCUUCAGAGAGGUAGGAUACCUCUUCACUUUUCUGAAACAUCAGCUUGUCAAAACCUAUUGUGAUCAUUCAGUGUUUGUGAGUACCUACUCACACCCUUGUGAUUGUUUGACACUGAAGUUGUAAAAAUGAACUAUUAAAGAAUUCAAAUUAGGGAGAAA